AAGCAGAGCACAUGACCGCUGUAUGUACAAAUAUCAGAGAGCAGAAUGUAUAAAAACGGUCGCAACAGCUGUAUGACAUCUGCCUUGAGUUGAAGAACCUGACAAGCACCAGCAUAAACAAGAUGAAGCUCUGCAUCCUGCUCGUGUUUGGGACCCUGCUCGCCCUUGUUUACGGAAUGCCGCCAAUCAGCCGGGACUACAACACGCACUGCCGGUGCCUUCAGCUGGAGUCGAGGAUCAUCCCUCCGGACAGCCUGAGGAGCAUCAAGCUCGUCCCUGAAGGGCCUCACUGCCCCGACAGGGAGGUCAUCGCUGGACUGGCGAACGGGGAGAAGGUGUGCCUGAACCCUCGGUCCUCCUGGGUGAAGAAGCUGAUUCACUUUGUUCUUGAGAGGCAGCUGCAGCCUCAGGGUGGAGCUCCUCCCAAGACUCAAGGGAAAUAAUCACAUGAUGAUGAUACAAUUUUAAAACAUGUUGCAAUUAAAGCUGUAGUGGCUUUCUGCAGCACUGAGCCAUGCUGUUUUACUUUAAUGAAUAACAAUAUUUAACCAGGUUGUAUAACUUCUUUUUAUCGUAUUUGGUCUGAUUUUUUUUUUUACUACAAAUAACAUUGAUUGUGGACUUAUAUUGUCCGUUUGUCAGAAAGAUUGUGUGAAUGGAGGUGUUGGAAGCCUUUGUGUGUGUAAGGUAUUUAACUGUGUGUUAAUUGAAAGUUUGGUUGUUUGACAUUUUGAAGCAGAUAUGUAGCAUGAAAUCUGUAAUAUUCUAAUAUGUAGCAUCAUUUAUGUGCAAAAAUUGUGUGGAGCUUCUCCAGCUUUGUCAAGCUCCUGUUCCUAUAUCUGUGAGGCUUUAAAUAAAAACCAAUUGAAC